CGGGGAGCCCUUCGCGGCCGCUGACUCGACAAAUGCGAGCGCGGAGCCGGGUCCCGGAGCCUCUCGGGCGCGCCCCGCUGCGUACCCCGACCCCGGACCCCGCGGCGCCGAGAGCCGGGGCCCAGAAGUGCGCCUGCCGCGGAGAGGGGGGCUUCGGCAGCGCCCCUCGGGUGCGCCAUUUCCCGAGGGAGGGCCGCGGCCCCCGGGCUGGCGGCGCGGGGGGCCGCUCGGCAGCCGCGCUGGGCUGAACCCCCUUUCGGUGGCUGGCGAUCGCCUCGGCCCGGCGGCUGCCUACCGGCCUCGGCUCGGAGACGAGGCGGCGAACCGCGCACCCCGCCCCCAUCGGUGCCCCGGCGCUGUCGCCCCAGUCACCUUCCUUUGCCCUUCUCCGACAGCACCUCGGGCUGGCUCCCUCCCGCUUUCGGGAAAAAAAAACGAGGAAAACAGCUGAUUCCUGGAGACGCCGGGGAUCGGGAAGACGCUGUCUGCGCUUCAACAGCUUGGAAUUCCCAUCACCUUGCUUCCCGGCCACUUGGAGGAGGAACUGACAGCCGGCUGACAGGAAACUCAUCCAGGGAGAGAAGAGACCUCUGUCAAGUGUGCAAUUGGGAAUCAUGUUUACAGCUCUUUUCAGAUGCUUUGCAUUCAGAAUAGACCUCUGAAUUAGGACCCAGCCUCUCAACCAACCUGCCGCUACUGAGUUCCUGAAUUGCAGGUAUUGAUUUCUGACUUUGGAAGAUGGAUGAAGGUGUAGACAUUUCCAGUGAUGGAAACUCCCUCAUCAAAGCUGUGCACCAGAGUCGCCUGCGCCUCACCAGACUCUUGCUGGAAGGCGGGGCUUACAUUAACGAGAGCAAUGACCGAGGAGAAACACCUUUAAUGAUCGCUUGUAAGUCCAAGCAUGUGGACCACCAGAGUGUCAGUAAAGCCAAAAUGGUUAAGUACCUGCUAGAAAACAAUGCGGAUCCCAACAUACAGGACAAAUCUGGGAAAACCGCCUUGAUGCAUGCUUGCCUAGAGAAAGCUGGUCCAGAGGUGGUUUCCUUGCUCCUCAAGAGCGGGGCUGACCUCAGCUUGCAAGACCAUUCCAGUUACUCGGCCCUUGUGUAUGCUAUAAAUUCCGAAGACAGAGAGACCUUGAAAGUUCUUCUUAGCGCUUGCAAGGCUAAAGGGAAAGAGGUUAUCAUCAUAACCACAGCAAAAUCACCCUCUGGCAGGCACACAACGAAGCAGUACUUAAACAUGCCUCCAGGUGAUCUGGACGAGUGUCCUUCCCCAGACACCUGCACCACGCCAUCAGAAAUUGACAUCAAAACUGCCUCCUCGCCACUUACUCCUUCUUCGGAAACAGAAAGGACCCUCUUUGGCUUCAAAGACCUGGAGUCUGCAGGAAGCAGCGAUGAUGCGCGGGAGCCCGACUCCCCGGUGAGGAAACCCGCCUUGGUCCCCACGGGACCCAAGCUACCCCAGCCUGCGGGCCGCAUCAAGAGUACCCCCUCCUUAAUGCAUCAGAACAGAGUGGCCUCUCUGCAAGAGGAGCUCCAGGAUAUCACACCGGAGGAAGAAUUAUCCUACAAAGCCAACGGGCUGGCACUUUCCAAGCGAUUCAUCACCAGACACCAAAGCAUCGAUAUCAAAGACACUGCAUAUAUGCUGAGAAACUUUGAUCAGGCCAGCUCAAGAAAGAUGUCCUAUGAGGAAAUAAAUUAUCCAUCUUUUUUUCCAGAAGGAAACCAGCAGUGCACUGAAAUCCCUGUUGACCAGGACCCAGACUCUAACCAGACGAUCUUUGCUUCUACCUUAAAAAAUAUCGUCCAGAAAAGAAACUCGGGAGCAAAUCAUUACAGCUCUGAUUCCCAGCUCUCAGCCGGUCCCACCCCGACCGCUUUAGAGGAUGGCAAAGCACUAACUGGAAAGAAAAAGAUACUGUCUCCGGGUUCUUCCUUGCUUUCCGGGUCCAAAGAAGUGCUGGAGAACAUGGCCCCAGGGCCCCUGAGCCGGCGCAACCACGCGGUGCUAGAAAGGCGGGGCUCGGGGGCGUUCCCUUUAGAUCACUGCAUCCCCCUAACCAGGCCAGGAUUCCUGCCCCCCCUCAAUGUGAAUCCACACCCUCCCUUCUCAGAUAUCAAUGCCAACAACAAGCUCUCCAGCCUUCUUUCUUGUGGUCAGAAAGUCCUUAUGCCCACAGCUCCUGUUUUCCCCAAAGAAUACAAAAGUAAAAAAAUGUUGUUCCGGAGACAAUCCUUGCAAACCGAGCAAAUCAAGCAGUUAGUAAAUUUUUAAGAGAUGGCUAGAAAAUGCGUUUUGCUCACACUGUGUCAGAGUUCUAUAGAAGUAAAAAAGAAAUCUUGCGUGGUCAUCCUUUCAUAUCUCAGAAUUGAUUAGACAGAUCAUUGUACUAGACACUGUGAACACACAAGUAACAAUAGAGUUUCACUAAAGGAAUUCUCAAAAUUAAGACGAUUAUUUUCUCAAAACAGACAAUAUUUGGGGCUGGAGCGAAAGCACAGCGGGUAGGGCGUUUGCCUUGCAGCGGUUGACCCAGGUUCAAUUCCCAGCAUCCCAUAUGGUCCCCUGAGCACCGUCAGGGGUAAUUCCUGAGUGCAGAGCCAGGAGUAACGGCUGUGCAUUGCCGGGUGUGACCCAGAAAGAAAAAAAAAAACAGACAAUAUUUAAUGACCUUUACAUGGCCCAAUAUUUUUAAUUUAAACAAAAAUAAAAAAGAAGGUCACAUAUAUGUUGGAGAUACUGUUUUUCAGAUUUGCCAAAUAGUUUAUUAGAAACACUUGAGAUCAUGUCAGUAAAUAAGAUUGUAAUUUUCCAUGAUCCAUAAAAGAAAAUAUUGACAGCUAUAACUGUCUCUGAUUAAUAAGCAAAACUGCAAAGAAUACAUGAAAUAAUUCUUUUUUAAAAAAAUAAAUAAAAUAUUGACUGAGUCAUAAUACAACAUGGGUAGGGUGCUUACCUUGUAUACACCUGACCCCAGGAGAGUCAAUCCCUGGCAUCCUAUAUGGUUCUCUGAGCCCCUCCAGGAGUAAUUCCUGAGUACAGAGCCAGGAGAAACCCUUGAGCAUUGGAGGUUGUGGCCCCCAAAACAAAUCAAACAAACAAAUAAGUUUGCUAUGGGCUGGGGAGAUGGCUGAAAGGGCAGAAGUCCCCAUCUAAUCCUGAGCACUAAUUUCUGAGCACUAAUCCUCCAAGUGGGAAUAGCCUCUGAGCACUGACAGGUGUGGUCAAAAAAGGUAGUGGUGGUGUUGGUGGGUGUUAACAAACAAAUGUUGACUUCAGGAAGAUGAAGAUACAAUUUUUAAAAUCUUGAAUGGCACCCAAGAGGUAGGAUAGUGAUAUACUUUGCAUGCAGUCCAUCCCAUGCCGUUCAGUGCCCUGGUAUCACAUGGUCCCCACCCACAAUUCUGUCAGCUGAGAAUUGCCAGGAGGUUCCCCCAGGUCUCCUGAGCACUUCUUGGGAGCCCCACCCCCAUCAAAAGGUCAACCAAUAGAUUGGGCAGCUAAUAUUCACAUGGUCAUGUUAAUCAGUUUCUAGGUAGCAGAUCAGAGUUUUAGGAGCCUGUGGUAGUGUGCUGUGUUUUUGCUUUGUUUUCAUUUUUAAAACAAACAUCCCCGAUAUGUUAUCUUAUGGAAUUCUUUAUCUGUAUCUUUUCGUGUCUGUUAAUAUUUUUUAAUGCCUAUCCGGGUUCCCUGUAACAAGAUAACACAAAAUUGAAAAGGUUUCCUCUUACAUCCAACUAUUUUUGUCAUUCCAAAGACAACAAGCAAGUUUGAGAUUUAGAAAUAGAAAUUAAAUGCUUGCUUCAUUUAAAAAAGAAAAAUUGUUAGAUUACCUUAGGUUAGCAAAAUUAAGAAAACCAGUAGAAACUUAACUUAUAAAAUGUACUUCAGUAUUUGGUCAAUAUUAAACAAUAUAUUUUUAUUUCUAAUUAAUAAUUAUUAGAAACAAAUAUGGAUGAUUUCCUUAGUGUGGCAUUACAAUCAUCUAGUAUUUUAGGGCCUGUGAAUAACUCUAAUAAAGUAAAUACUGUGCAGCCAUCAUAAAAAAAUGUAAGAUGACUAUCAUCUACAUGAUCUCAAAAUAUGGUGUUUAGAUGAAAAGUCCUUAUUUCAAUCUAGCACAAAAAAUAACUAAGAUAUACAAACCUGAGUGAUUUGGUCAUUGUCACAAAGCUUUCUUUGUCUUCUGUUAGUAGGUGAUCCUAACAAUGUGAUAUUUGCAAGUUGUAAUGUACGUAGUAAUUAGUUUCUUGUGGAUCUUAUUUGAAAAAAAUUAUUGGAGUUUUCCUGUUUAGUGUUGUAAAGAACACUAUAUUAAUAAUAUUAGAGCUAUUUUUUUUUACUCUGAACUUAGAACUGUACCCGUAGUUUAUAGGGUAAUUCUUUUCUUGCUAGAUUUAAUAUUGAGAAAAGUGCUUUGCUGUAAAUUGUAAGAUAUAGUUUGGAAGAAUACAUAAAUAGAUAUAUAUGUAAAUAAACAUCAUAAAAUGGUAUCAAUAAAGAUUUUAAAAUCUCA